UGGUGGCGAUGUAUCAGCGUUGUUGUGUCGAGCCUGCUGCCUUUGUGCAGACGAGGAAGCCAAGAUGGCAGCCACCAUGAAGGGACCUGUAGCGGUUGAAGAUGUGAACGUCACCUUUGAAGACCAACAGAAGAUCAAUAAGUUCGCCAGAAACACGAGUAGGAUGACGGAGCUGAAAAAUGAAAUAGAGGAAAAGAAGAAAUCGCUGCAGAACCUCCAGGACGCCAGUGAUGACCUGAUGAUGUUUGACGACGACUCCCUAUUGAUCCCUUAUCAAAUUGGCGACGUCUUUAUCAGUCACACCCAGGAAGAGACACAAGAGAUGCUGGAGGCUGCCAAGGAAGCGCUCGAGUUGGAGGUCAAAGGCCUUGAGGAGCGGGUGUCAGCCAUACAGGAGCUGUUGGGGGAUCUGAAGGUCCAACUCUAUGCCAAGUUUGGUAACAACAUUAACCUGGAGGCAGAUGAAAGCUGAGCUCUGAAAUGGACACUGACAGCUGCCCCAGUGUGGACUUUUAUUUUGUGCAGCUCUUCUAUCACAUCUGCUGAAUGUUUGCCAAACCAAAAGGACUGGGCAUGAACGGAUUAGGUCUGUAGCUUCUGUCUUUUGUUUACACAGCUGAUCAGUCUAUAUUUUAGUGUUUGUAAAUGCACUCACAAGGACAGAAAAGGUAAAUAUUUAGCAUUUAGAUAAAUGCUUUUCAAACAUAUUAACCGGUUUAUUUAAUAGUCAUGUUUUCUUUUUACUCUUGGUCAAACUAAUGUAAAAAAUAAAAUCAAUAAAAACUGCAAGAAAUUA